AACCUACACCCGACUCUGAAGAUGCACUUACGGCAAUGGUAGACCAAUCAAACCCGAGCUGCAGUAACCGCAUUAAUGGGGAAAAUUAUUGCAGUCGACUGCGCCGGUACCCGCAUUGAAGCCCCGUGCGCAGCAUGGGCGCUCCCGUCGCGAUAAAUGGGCCUAUCGGCGAGCGAGCCAUCACUUGCUCACACUCACAGUGGAGCACUGGAGCAGCAGAACAGAGCGAGCGAGUGAGAGCAGAGAGCAUGGGCUCAAUGGUGGCCAGCGUGGAGGAGAUCGGUGCGGCGGCGGCGCCACAGGCGGUGGAGCGCCGCCUGGGCGAGCUGCGGGCGACCUUCGAGAGCGGCAGGACCCGGCCCCUGUCGUGGCGGCAGUCCCAGCUGCGCGGCCUCCUCCGGCUCCUCGCCGACAAGGAGGAGGAGGCGUUCCGCGCGCUCCACGACGACCUCGGCAAGCACCGCGCCGAGGCCUACAGAGACGAGGUCGGCGUGCUCACCAAGUCGGCCAACGCCGCGCUGCGGGAGAUCGGGAAAUGGGCGGCGCCGGAGAAGGUCUGGGUGCCGCUGGUGGCGUUCCCGGCGAGCGCGCAGGUGGUGCCGGAGCCGCUCGGGGUCGUCCUCAUCUUCUCCUGCUGGAACUUCCCCUUGGGUCUGUCUCUGGAGCCGCUGAUCGGGGCCAUAGCGGCGGGGAACGCGGUGGCGCUGAAGCCGUCGGAGCUGGCGCCGGCCACGGCCAGGUUCCUGGAGGAGAACAUAGGCGAGUACCUGGACGCCACGGCGGUGAAGGUCAUCCAGGGCGGCCCCGCGGUGGGGGAGCAGCUCAUGGAGCACAGAUGGGACAAGGUCCUCUUCACCGGGUGCCCGCGCGUGGCGCGCGUGGUGAUGGCGGCGGCGGUGAAGCACCUGACGCCCGUGGCGCUGGAGCUGGGCGGGAAGUGCCCCUGCAUCUUCGACGCCGUUGCCGGCAGGAGGAACCUCCAGACCUCGGUGAACCGCGUGAUCUUCGCCAAGUGGUCGUCCUGCGCCGGCCAGGCCUGCAUCGCCAUCGACUACGUGCUCGUCGAGGAGCGGUUUGCGCCCACCCUGAUCAAGUUGCUCAAGUCGACGCUGAAGAGGUUCAUCGCCGACUCGGACCAGAUGGCGCGGAUCGUCAACGGGCGGCAUUUCCAGCGUCUGAGUAACCUCCUCAAGGACCCGGCGGUGGCGGCGUCCAUCCUGCACGGCGGCGGCUUGGACGCCAAGAACCUCAGGUCCAUCGAGCCCACGAUACUGCUGAACCCGCCGCUGGACUCCGCGAUCAUGACCGAGGAGAUCUUCGGCCCUCUGCUCCCCAUCAUCACGGUGAAGAAGAUCGAGGACAGCAUCGCGUUCGUGAGGGCGCGGCCGAAGCCGCUGGCCGUGUACGCCUUCACCGACAGCGCGCCGCUGAAGCGGCGGAUCGUGGAGGAGACGUCGUCGGGGAGCGUCACCUUCAACGACGCCGUCGUACAGUUCGGGGUGGACACGCUGCCGUUCGGGGGUGUGGGGCAGAGCGGGUUCGGGCAGUACCACGGCAAGUACUCGUUCGAGAUGUUCAGCCACAAGAAGGCGGUGCUGCGGCGGGGCUUCCUGGUGGAGGCCAUGCUGAGGUACCCGCCGUGGGACGAGCAGAAGAUCGCCAUGAUGCGCCACCUCUUCCGCUACGACUACGUCCGCUUCAUCUUCACCUUCCUCGGCCUGCGGAGAUGAAUACGGCCAUGCACCACGUCUCGGGCGCGACUGGAUGGGUUUGACGUAAGAAAUUGAUUAUUAUUUGAUGAGUGGAUGAACAAGUACAUGAAUAAACAGACCACGUUAGUUUGUAUAAGGAUUGCGUAGCAGGUUUGCACUCGGUACUUGCUAGUGUGCCAAUAAUAGAAUAAUGUUCUUUUUGCA